AUGUCGAGACAUCGUGUGAAAGCUGUCGGCUACGACGACGAUGAAUACUAUGAUGACGACGGAUAUGAUUCGCCUGACCCCGAGGAGCAGGAGCUUCUGCAACGGACCACCGCCGAGGUUCUUCAGAAGCUUGGCGCGGGGCUGCCGUCAGUGACUGUGACCAAGGAUGAGGUCCAGGAAACGCUCUAUUACUACUAUUACGACGUGGAAAAGUCCGUGAAUUAUCUGAAGGGCAAGAAGGAGAAGGAAUUAAAAAAGCAGCAGGCUUCUGCUGCGGCACAAAAGUUAAAGAGCCAAUCUUUCGCAUUCGCACACCAGAGAUUGGACUAUGUUCUAACAGGUCAACCAGGGUCAGAAUUCCCAACGCCUAGUCCCCCCAGCGCGCAUUUUUCCGCGGCCGACUUCUUUCGCGAUUGCCCGUGGCUCCAUGUUCCUUCGCACCGGAAGGCAGAUAUCUUGGUUGAGCCCUUGUACCCUAGAUUGGGCCUGUUGGGAGGUGCCCCCGAAGGUGGAGGCAAGCCCUCCAAGCUUGCUAUGCUUGCCGCUGCGCGGAAGAAGAAAGAGGCUCAAAGCGCUACGUCACCACCAGAGACCGCGUCCACAAAACAGCCAGGAAGUGAAGGGGUACUUUCACCAGAUCCACGAGCGGCUCCGCUAUCACUGAGUGAGAGACUGGCCAAGAGUAAGGCGACGAAGUCGUCUGAACUCAGUUCUGGCCUUGCAGGUCUACGACGACCAAGCAAACCGAGCCCAUCUGCAUCCACCUCGCAUGCGAACAAGCCUUGCUCAUCCGAGCCUCGUGACGCUGUACCCGAGCCUAGCAAAUCUGUCCCCGCACAGGUCCCUACAAUGGAACAACGAUCGGAGACAAGCAAGAGCCCAGAGCUCCAGCCGCGAGUAUCUUCACUCCGCACCGAACCAUCUGAAUUCGCUCGUGUCAUUGGCGGGACCUCCGCAGGGCAGACCUUGACUCAGCCCAGUCAACUACAACCGAGCGACCUCGAUGUGCUAAAGAUUUAUGGCCUGGAUCGUUUUGCUGAACAAUUUUUUGACUUUGCAGGCCCCAGCCCCGACGACGUGGUGCUCAAUGCUCAAAAUACAGCAAAAGGAUUGAAAUCCAAAUCCGCCGCAUCCAAGUCGGGUGACAAGAAGGCCCAAGAUGAUAUGGCAAAUGGCAUGAACGAUCUUUCCGUGCAAGAGAAAGUUACCGUGAAGAGCAAGAACUUGAAUGUUCUUGACGAAUACAAUAAGUCCAAGCGGAAGAAGUCUGCCAACUUCGUUGUGAUUGGUCACGUUGAUGCUGGAAAGAGUACUCUGAUGGGGCGGUUGCUGGCGGACCAAGGCGCUAUCGACCAACGAACUUUGGACAAGUACCGAAAAGAGGCCGAGAAGAUCGGGAAGGGCUCUUUUGCCCUGGCGUGGGUGUUGGAUCAAGGCUCGGAAGAACGCGCACGAGGCGUGACGAUUGAUAUUGCGACGAACAAGUUCGAAACCGACAACACCGCAUUCACAAUUGUUGACUCACCGGGCCAUCGCGAUUUUGUGCCGAAUAUGAUUGCUGGUGCCAGUCAGGCUGACUUCGCUGUGCUGGUGAUCGACUCCAGCGUGGGAAAAUUCGAAUCGGGUCUGAAGGGUCAGACCAAGGAGCACGCAUUGCUCGUACGCAGUAUGGGUGUACAGAAGAUCAUUGUGGCUGUCAACAAGAUGGAUGCUGUGCAAUGGGACAAGGGACGCUUUGAGGAAAUCGAGCAGCAAAUUUCGGCCUUCUUGACCACUGCUGGUUUCCAAGAAAAGAAUAUUUCCUUUAUUCCUUGCUCAGGGGUCCUCGGUGACAACAUAACUCGCCGCAGUGAAGACGCCAAGGCCUCGUGGUUCGCCGGCCGGACUUUGAUCGAAGAGUUGGAGACCUCAGAGCCCUGCACCCAUGCCCUCGACAAACCUUUACGAAUGACAAUUGGCGACGUUUUCCGAGGUGGCGUACAGAACCCGAUCUCAAUCUCUGGCCGUCUGGAUGCUGGCAGCUUGCAGAUUGGCGACCAGGUCCUUACGAUGCCCAGCGGAGAAACGGCUUUGAUCCGUAGUAUCGAGGUGGACAGCGAGCCUAGCGACUGGGCAGUGGCGGGUCAGAACGUGGUACUGAAUUUGGCGAACAUUGAUCCCGUUCAUCUACGAUCUGGAGAUGUCGUUUGCCGCUCAUCUUCUCCAAUUCCAACCAUCACUACCUUCACGGCCAAGGUUCUGGCCUUCGAGCACCUUAUGCCCAUGAUGGUCGACGUACACCGUGGUCGACUUCACGUACCCGGUCGUAUUGCCAAGCUGGUAGCUUCUCUAGACAAGGCCUCUGGAGCACCCAUCAAGAAGCGGCCGAAAAUCGUGUCUCCGGGCACUGUGGCUCGCAUUGGGGUUGAGAUGGACCAGGCAGUGCCACUGGAGGCACCCACCAGAAUCGUUCUCCGCAGUGGCGGUACUACUGUGGCGGCUGGCCUGCUAGAAUAG